AUGGAAUCAUGUCAAGGUAUUAUGAAAGCUUUUACCAAAGUUAAAAGGGCUCGAGUUUGUCAAGGAAAAGAUUCUCCUCCUCUAAAGAAGAAAUCUGAUCAAUUUGAGGUCACAGGAAAUACCUUUAAUGGUAUCUCAGUGUACAUUCUGCCUGCGGGAAUUGGAAACGCAAGAUAUCAAAUCUUCCAAAGACAAAUUCAACAGAAUGGAGGCCAGACGGAGACGUCUCUUUGUGCUGGUGUCACUCAUGUCGUUGUCGAUGACAGCAUGGAGUGUGACAGAGCCUUGCGUCUCAUCAAGGUGGAUACAAUGCCUUCUGGGGUCCAUCUGGUGAAAUGUAGUUGGUUAAGCACAUGUAUUAGUGAGAAACAACUCUUGGAUGAAGCAAGCUACAGUCUUUUACCAAAGAGGGAUUCAGAAACUCAACAGGAAAAAGAUUUAUCAAAUGAAAAAUCUACGACUGAAAUGACUCUAAAGCCAGAGUGUGGUCAAAGCGAGCAAGGGGAGACAUUCGAUAUGGUCAGUAGCAUAUUAGACAAAGAAGAUGUGCAAGGAGAAGAAGACGGAAUCACUCAAAGUCACAUGGAAGCUCUGAUCACAGGCCAGCGGCCCAAAGAAGAGGCCCCUGGACUUAGCCUUGAUCCUACUCGGGAGACUGCGAGGGUAUCAGGGAAGUGGGUCUGUGCACAAUCUUCUCAGUCCAAAAGUAAUAACUUCAACCAACAUAUUACUGACAAACUUGAAGUACUGGCCAAGGCUUACACACACCAAGGAGACAAGUGGAGGGCACUGGGCUACUCCAAGGCAAUCAAUGCACUGAAGAGCUAUCACAAGCCUGUUACUUCGUAUCAGGAGGCAUGUCUUAUCCCUGGAAUUGGGAAACGCAUGGCAGACAAAAUUGACGAAAUCAUGGAAAGCGGUCAUCUGCGCAAGCUCGAUCACAUUGGAGAAGCUGUGCCAAUAAUGGAGCUUUUCACUAACAUUUGGGGUGCAGGAACAAAGACUGCACAGCAGUGGUACCAACAGGGAUUCCGCACUUUGGAGGACAUCCGCACAAAAGCCCACUUGAACAACAAUCAAAAAAUAGGACUCAAGUACUACAAUGACUUUCUUGACAGAAUGCCUAGGGAAGAAGCUUCAGCCAUUGAGAAAGUGGUGAGGAAUGCUGCCCAAGCAAUUGAUCCGGGUCUGGUGGCAAUGGCAUGUGGCUCAUAUCGCAGAGGAAAAAGCACAUGUGGAGAUGUUGACGUGCUUAUUUCACACCCUGAUGGAAAGUCCCACAAAGGUGUAUUCAGGAAGGUGCUUCAGAGUCUUCAUGACACUGGUUUUUUAACAGAUGACCUUGUGAGCCACGAGGAGAAUGGAGAGCAGAAGAAAUAUAUGGGCGUAUGCUGCCUGCCAGGGCCAGACCGCCUUCAUCGCAGACUGGAUAUUAUUGUGGUGCCCUAUAAUGAGUUUGCCUGUGCACUUAUGUAUUUUACCGGUUCUGCACACUUCAACCGCUCCAUGAGAGCCCUGGCAAAGACAAAGAACAUGAGCUUGUCAGAACAUUCACUUAACCAAAGUGUGGUGCGUCAAGGUAGUGCCAAGGUGUAUGCUGGUACUCCCCUACCUACACCCAAAGAGAGCGAUGUUUUUAAUCUCUUGGGUAUACCAUACAGAGAGCCUUGUGAAAGGGACUGGUGA